GACGCGCGGUAAUUGGUCAGUCGUAGUUAAACACGAUAUACUGGUUGGCCAGUCAUAGAAAAUUACAGCAUGGCGGCUCUGACAGCAGUGCGAAGUAGCUCCAGGUUGCUUACUGGAUUCAAUGCUGCUUACAGGAGCCUGAUCCCCAGAAGCGGGCUCCCUGGGGCUUUGGUCCGACCAAGACUGCCGCUUCAGCCGCGGUGGUACGCUGUUAGCCACCUCUCUGUGCAGGAAAGGAUAGAGAAUAAACGGAAGGCAGCGCUGGUGGGGGGAGGUCAGACGAGAAUUGAGGCGCAACACAAGCGUGGAAAGCUAACGGCUAGAGAGCGCGUUGAACUGCUGCUGGAUUCAGGCACCUUUGUUGAAUAUGACACGUUUGUGGAACACAGGUGUUCAGACUUCGGCAUGGAGACUGAUCAAAACAAGUUUCCAGGAGACAGUGUGGUCACUGGUCAAGGCCGCAUUAAUGGAAGAUUGGUAUAUGUCUUCAGUCAGGAUUUCACUGUGUUUGGUGGCAGCUUGUCAGGAGCUCAUGCCCAAAAGAUUUGUAAGAUCAUGGACCAGGCGUUGCUGGUGGGCGCUCCUGUCAUCGGACUCAAUGACUCGGGUGGGGCCCGCAUCCAGGAAGGGGUGGAGUCUCUUGCUGGCUAUGCAGAUAUAUUCUUGAGAAAUGUAAUGGCUUCAGGAGUUGUUCCCCAGAUCUCCCUCAUCAUGGGUCCUUGUGCGGGUGGAGCUGUCUAUUCUCCUGCCUUAACUGACUUCACAUUUAUGGUGAAGGACACCUCGUAUUUGUUCAUCACAGGCCCGGAUGUUGUGAAGUCAGUUACCAAUGAGGAUGUGACGCAGGAAGAGCUUGGCGGUGCAAAGACUCAUACAGCCGUGUCAGGUGUUGCACACAGAGCGUUUGAGAAUGAUAUAGAUGCCUUGCUGAAUCUGAGAGAGUUCUUCAACUUCCUACCUCUCAGUAACAAGGAUUCCGCACCUGUCAUUGAGUGCCAGGACCCCAGUGAGCGACUUGUUCCUGGCCUGGACACAAUAGUUCCAUUUGAAAACACCAAAGCCUAUGACAUGCUAGACAUUGUCCGUGGGAUCGUUGACGAGAGAGAAUUCUUUGAAAUCAUGCCGAACUAUGCAAAGAAUAUUGUUAUUGGUUUUGCCAGAAUGAAUGGGCGCACUGUCGGGAUUGUGGGCAAUCAACCUAAAGUGGCAUCGGGUUGCUUGGAUAUUAACUCGUCUGUGAAGGGAGCCCGCUUUGUGAGAUUCUGUGAUGCCUUCAGUAUACCGAUCAUCACGUUUGUAGAUGUCCCUGGAUUUCUUCCAGGAACUGCCCAGGAGUAUGGUGGUAUCAUCAGACAUGGUGCUAAGUUGCUAUUUGCAUUUGCUGAAGCAACAGUGCCAAAAAUCACAGUGAUCACCCGAAAGGCCUACGGUGGUGCCUACGAUGUGAUGAGCUCAAAACAUUUAAGAGGAGAUGUGAACUAUGCAUGGCCUUCCGCUGAGGUUGCAGUCAUGGGUGCCAAGGGUGCUGUACAGAUUAUAUUCAGAGGAAAGGAAAAUCAAGCAGAGGCAGAAGCAGAGUAUGUGGAGAAGUUUGCAAACCCCUUUCCAGCAGCUGUAAGAGGUUUUGUUGAUGACAUCAUUCAGCCUUCAACUACUCGGAUGCGCAUAUGCCGUGACCUGGAAGUGCUGGCUAGUAAGCAGCAAAAGAACCCCUGGAAGAAACAUGCCAACAUUCCUCUGUAAAUACAUAUCAUGUUUUAUUUGUAUUAGGAGUUCAUACUGUAGCAAAAGCUGUUCCAGAAAUUAUAGGAUUAAAAAAAAUAAUAAUCUUGUACAAAUUGUUGAAUGGACUGGUUUUCAUAUUAACCUUAUGUUGCAUACUUAAACAAACCAAAACUGCAAAUCUGAUUAACAUUGGCUAAACUCCCAAAUCAGUCAUUUUUAGGUCACUACUUUUGGUAAAAACAAAUUAUGGCGUUUCAUUUCUUCCUGUUACAUUGAACUAAAACUUGCAAUGAAAAUGAAGCACAAACACCUGAGUAUGAUUUACAAUCUGUUAUUCUGGAGUUAAGUUUAUCAUAAGGCCAAGUUAGAAUAAAAUGUUUAAUGCAAAAUAAAGCCCGCUGCACACAGCCCGACUCAAGCCAUCCCAACUCAUCUCAUCUGAGUAUGCACAGAUUUUGCGAUCAGUUGUGCUCAGUUUUGGUUUGAUGUCACAAUUGAGUUUUUCCUGACUGGGUGUCGCACACUGCUAAGACCGAAUUAGACGGACCACAACUAGAUCCUGAUGAUUACUAUUUAUGCAGAUUUAAUUAAUACUGCCCUGUACACAUUUUUGUAUUAACUUAGCCCAACAUAGCGAACCUCAUAUUAUGCAUGGCAUCGUAUGCUGAUUAGACGGCGGAGACAGCGCUGCGAGGCAACCAAAAGAAGCGCUUAGCCUAUUAAUUAAUUGACCAUUUACACUGUGCAAAUGUUUCAGGCAGUGUUUGACUUUUUGUAUAGCUUGUCUACUACACUUUAGCCUGUAGUCAAUAAAAUCCAACCUGUUGAUUUUU